UUUAUCAAAACAUAGGGUCACAAGUGAAAUAAACCAAAACUUAUAUCUUAUUUAGGGGUCGGCGACCUUAUGUCCUCAGUUUCAGUAUCACAACCAUCGUCCCCAUAUUGAGAGAUUCUGAGUCUUCUCCUCCUAUAGUUGAGCAUGUCGGGCAAUAAAGAUGAUGGUGCUGCUCAGGAUGCUGCAGAAAGAAUAAAGGCUGCUGCUUUAUCAGCUGCAAAGGGUCUCAGCCGUGCCCAGGCUGAGCGUGCAGCUGCUGCGGCUGCCCGGAAUGUGAACGCAUAUGGGCAGAAGGAAGAGGGGCCUAGUAGAUGGCAAGAGAGGAAAGAAGCCAAGAGGCAAAUGUAUUUGAUGAGUACUGAGAAACAAGUGAGAUUGGGUGAACGUAAGGAUCUCAAGAGCUCAACAACGACCCUUGGGGCAGCUUCACAGUGCCAGAAGUGCUUCCAAACGGGACAUUGGACUUAUGAGUGCAAGAAUGAGAGGGUUUAUAUCUCAAGACCAUCACGGACGCAGCAACUGAAGAACCCAAAACUUAGAAUGAAGUUCUCGAUUUCGUACUAUUUGGACAACCCAGAUGUUCAGGUGACCGAAACGAGCGAAAAACGUGAGAAGAAGAGUAAGAGGAAGCAUAAAUCUGACACCGAGUCUGACAAUGAUAGUGAGGCUUCAGUUUUUGAAUCUGACAGUGGUGCAUCCUCUGUUACGGGAUCAGAUGAUUCUUCGGGGGAGAGUGAGUCAAGCUAUAGCUCGUCCACUGAUUCCGAGGAGGAAAGGAGGAGGAGAAGGAGGAACAAAAAGAAGAAACAGAGGAAGAGAAGGCAUCGGAGGUACAGCUCCUCAUCUGAAUCUUCGGAUUCAUACUCAGAUUCGGACUCUGACUCUGAGGAUAAGAGCAGUCGGAGAAAGGGCAAGAGCAGGAGGCAUGGCAGAAAGCGCUGAGGCCGACUACUAGGGUUGGAAAUCUUGUGCUAUAACCUGCUACUCCUUUGUCUGUUACUUUGAUUGGCAAGUCAAUUUUGCAUGCAGUAUGGAAGCGUGUAAUAAGGCUUAACUAUACGCAGCAACUGGUCUUUCAGAUGAUUUUGUUUGUAAUAUUUUUGCUUGCAAUAUGUUUGUUUACCAUUGUCGUUUUUCAUUCUAUUCUUUGCUAUAAUUCUAUAAUUUACCUGGUGAAAAAUAGUUGGCUUCUCUA